AUGAUGAUUGCGACUCGUGAUUGCCAGUGCACAAUACAGCCAAACAUCUUGAAGUCGCCGUCCACAACGUCCUUUCCCAGUAGUCCACAACAUCCUUGCCCAAUACUCACAGCCUUUAUACUUGAAAUUUUCAUUGGCUAUGCUCCAUCACCAUUCCCAGCAACAUGCCCACUCAUUGAUCACACAUCAUGGGGUCAAGAUCCAAGAACAACAAAUGAACAUGUCUCGCAUGGACCAUUGAUCAAACUUCAAGGCAUGAAGCCAAGUUCCCUUCCUUUUCACCAUGUCGUCAAAGGGGAUUUCGCCUCCUGCUGA